AGAUUAAUUUUCGUUGAACGGCUUCCAGUUGAUUCUUGUACAGGUUCUUGUUCCCGCAGCUCAUAUUUCAUUCAAAAAAUUACAGUUUACACCGUUUAGCAGUCGAAUUAAAGCAAAGAUAAAACGAAAUAUCUUGAGCAAAGAGUUUUAUGCAAAAGAAAUGUGCCUAAAAUUCGCCUUUUAAAUGUUUUUAAUAGUUAAUUCAGCAACGGUUGCAAAAGUGUAGUGAAAGCGGUGAGCGUGUGUGCCUAGCGUACUGGCAGAUACUGGAAAACAAGAAAAAAAAUUGCAAAAAGUGACGCGGGAGCAAGCCGAUAAAAUAUGUGUUUUAAAUGAAUUAGAAGUAAUUACAAAAUUAUAAUAUAUGUAUACUUGGCAAAGUGCGUAUUAUGUGUGAAUGCAUAAAAUAUGCGUAUCAACUUGCAAUUCGCUUAUUUGGGCCUGCUAUCGGUGACGUGUAUUUCGAGUUGUUUUCUUUUCUUUGUGUUUCUCACAGAGAAUGCUAAAUUUGUAGCUGCAUGUAGUGAUGAAUCGACAACGCUUCCUGUUGAAGCUGGCGCAGCUGUUGAACACAAAGCAGCUGCUGCACCGCCGGCAAUAGAGGCGCAUGCAGAAAUUAUACCGAUAAAUGAAGAAGUGGUAAAAUUAACAAAAAAUGAGGGUGAACAUAUUCAAGCGCCACAAACAGCUGCUCCAGCUGCUGCUAAUGCGCCGAACAAUGUUGUACACGAUAGCACAACAGAGCCAGUAACAGAGUCGGCUGAAGGUUGGCUGUUGCCAAGUAGUGUUAUGUAUAGUGCAAGUGCAAGUGAUAAUGAUGGAAAUGAUAUAAUACGUGAAAAAAGUGCUGUGGUUAUAAAUGAAGCCGUUGAACCAGCGCAUCAAAACGAGAAUGAGGAAAUGAUCGAUUUUGCAGUUGAAGCACCUGCCUUGGUCGAUGAUGACUUGCAAAAUCUGCAAGCAGAGCGUGAGAGCGUGCAAGAAAGCUUGCCGGAUAUCACGGAGAUUCCUACAAUCACUGUGACAGAAUUGCCAUUGGAAAUACUAGAGCCCACGCGCGGCAAUAUCGAAGCACUCAUCAUCGAUGCGGCCAAAGAGACCAUUGCGCGAGAGCAUGAAAAUCAUACAUUGGACGUAUUGGAGAACAGCAGUGAGGCUAUAAGAAAGGACGAAGAAAUCAUAAAAUUUGACGACUCUGGCGGCGGUGAACACACACAGCCGACGCUGACGGACUCAGAUCUCAAUUCCAGCGAAAUUCCAUCAAACAUUCCAAUUGUUAAUGCCACCAAAGCACCAACGAGAACAACACAAAAUGAAAGCGAUAGUCCAGCUACUACCACCCCUGCCGUAGGGGACAUCGCGGCUGGUGAUAACAAUGACGCUAAUACCGUAAAUCUCACUGUCGAAGAGGUGCCCAUACCAGUAUUCUCCGAAUGGGCUCAAAAGCAAAUGGAGGCCGCUGAGAAGCAGCAGGCAAAAGAGCAGGAGGUAGUAAAUACCGCCACGCUGAAAAAGAAUCACACCAAUGGGGAUGGCAAACGGGCAGCGCCGCUUAAAAUGCGCAACAAGAACUAUGCAUCACCCGAUUGUGGUGCCAAAAUAAUCGCCUCCAAUGCAGAUGCGAGCAAUACGGGUGCAGUGUUGAGCUCCUCAAAGGACGAGUACAUGUUGAGUCCCUGUGGCAAUCGCAUUUGGUUUGUGGUCGAACUCUGCGAGGCGAUACAAGCGCAAAAAGUCGAAUUGGCCAAUUUUGAGUUGUUCUCUUCGUCGCCGAAAAAUUUCACCGUUGCCGUCUCAAAUCGUUUCCCCACACGCGAUUGGUCGAACGUGGGUCGUUUCAUAGCAGAAGAUAAGCGCAAUGUGCAAAGUUUUGACUUACAUCCACAUUUGUUUGGCAAAUUUGUGCGCGUUGACAUACACUCACACUACUCCAAAGAACAUUUCUGCCCGGUUUCACUUUUUCGCGUCUUCGGCACAUCAGAGUUCGAAGCUUUCGAAACGGAGGAUACACCGCACAUCGAUUUGGAUGAUUUUGACGAUGAAUUCGGGCAAGAACAAGUUCAUGCGAAGAGUCCUGAUAUGAAUCUGUUUAAGUCCGCCUCCGACGCCGUGCUCUCGAUCGUCAAGAAAGCGGCCGAAGUGCUCGUCAAACCCGCAAACCAACAGAAUACGACACUCACAAUCAGGCAAGCACAAACAACACAGUGUCGUUCACCGGCAACCGGACCAUAUAACUGUGUCGACUGUAGUCAACCGUUAGUAGCGCGCAUCAAUAAUGCGCUCUCCUGUGAGUAUCAGUCUCUGCAAGCAUUACUUAGAGUGCCAUGGCUGCUGAAAGAUCUAUUGCGCACGCGCAUUUGCGCCAAGGAUUUUGGCAUUGAACUGAAAGCGAAAUCUUACGGCGAACUGGGUAUGCGCAUGCAAAUGGACGUGAAAAACAGUUAUUACCUGAAUUUGCUGCCAAGAGAAUAUGUAGGCGCGCUAUGUCAAAUGCUAGCGACGCAAGCAAAAACGAAAUCACCAACGACAGCUGCAGCGAACGACACGCAAGAUGAAAAUGCGAUUACGGAACCGCCUUUAAAUCUAACUAUCGACAAGAAAUUGAAAAAAGACGAUUUUCGAAUCAUCGACGGCUCACAAAAGAAGCUAGUUACAAGCGAAACCACAAACCUCGGUGACGACAUUGCAACUGAAAACGCUGAAGCAAUAUUUAGCGGUGAAGGUACACCACCACCAACAGCAACAAGCACAACAGAAAGUGGGACAGCGGAAGCAGAGCAAAUUGCACGUCCACCGCAAGCGAACACAGACGACGCAACGACAACAACACAUGCGCCACAAACAAGCGGUGGAAAGGAACCAACGCUCGAUGUAAAUAUAUUCAAUGUACCUGCACAUAACGAACAACAAGAACUGCAAAAACCAUCGCAACCCAGCGAACCAAGCGCUGGCAGCCAAACAGAGGAGCAGCAGAGCAGCGGUGACUCAAGUGAUGACAGCAGCGCUCCAAGCAGCACAACAACUUCAAUACCGCCUGCAAACGGCGACAGUUUAAAAGUGCUUGCUGACAGCACGGGCAGCGAUAACGCGCCUCCGCCUGUGCAGCCAACGUCAGCCACUACCGUUACACCCACAUUGGGCUCACGCGGUGAAGAGGAUGCCGCCUCUUGGGAGAAUAUCGAUAACUUGAUUACAUCGACGACAGCAGCGCCCAGUGGCGGUGAAGCGAGCGUGCAUGGCAGUCAGCCCGGCGUCAAUCUACAGCAGAAAAUACCCAGUGGUCCACAAUCGGAGAGCGUCUUCAUACGCCUGUCCAAUCGUAUUAAGGCGCUUGAGCGGAAUAUGUCCCUAUCGGGUCAAUAUCUGGAGGAACUGUCACGACGCUAUAAAAAACAAGUGGAAGAGCUACAACUCACACUCACGCAAACGGUGCAAACAGUACGCACGCUGGAGGAACAGAAUCGCCGCCAAAGCGAGCUACAACAAUUGCUCGCGCAACGCAAUGCCCAACUGAAGGAGGAACUGGACGAUCUGUCGUUGCAGGUGCACGCAUGCAUCGUGGUCAUCAUCUUUGUAGGCGCCUUUGUCUUUCUCGUACUCAUGGUUAGUAUACUCUUCUAUCGUUCGAUGCGUCGCCAAACCAAGGAAGUGCUAGCGCUCUACACCAGCGCGAAUCGCAAGAAGACAGCUAGCGCGGCGGCUGCAAUGCAGAGAAAACUCAAUCGACGUAAGUCAUUUGAAGAUUUCUCAGAUCAUCAGCAGAGCGGAGAGAAAAUGAGACGACCCAGUGAGGAGGCGCUUAUGAUACUGAAGGAAAGCAGUAAUGGUAAAACUGUCGAAGCUGUUGGCGAUGCGGCGAAAAAUGCAACACAUCGUGAACGGAAAAUGUCCGUCUGCUACAGCAACAACAUGAGCGGAAUGCAACUCUCGCAUGACGCAACUAUCGUGCGUGCGGAAGGCGAGCCAAGCGCUCAAAAUAUCAGGCAGCGACGCAAAGGUGAAAAACAUUCCUGGCCAAAUACCGAACAUGCGCAGCAGCAGGCACGCCGUCAUCUCGCCCAGCUAAAUGCCGGAAACGUUGCUGCUGCAGAGCUGAUGGAAAAUUUGGACAAAGUUAGUGGACGACCACCUCGUGCACCGCCACUAGCGUCUGGUGGUGAAAACCACAAUAAGUCCACUGGCAACAAAUCGAGACGAAAAACGCAACUGCCGCGUCGACAAGCCUCCGUAUCGCAUGAUUUUAUGGGCAGCGCGAAUUCAAAAAAUACGGCAUCGCUGGAUAUAAACAGUGCAGCGGAAUACGAUGAAAGUCUACGACUCGAAGAGGAUGACCUAGACAAUUUCAUACCCACAUCUGAUUUGGCAUACAACGAAUUUAUGCCUGAAGGUCCGUCUGGCUAUCAAGUGGACGAUGGUGUGGAGACCGUAGAUGGCGCUAACGCGGAUAGUAAGAAGUCGGGCAAAAAGUUAAGUCGUCUAACAACACCGGCUUUCUUUAAAUCGCCAUUUGGCAAAAGCCGCAACAAACUACGAAACAGUAAAUCGACAAAGCAUCCGCAUGAAUCCACCUCCUGGGAAUGGUAUCGCUCGAAAAAUGUCGAGCCGAAACCGUUAAGUGGUUCGGUGUCAGCAAGUGGUGGUUUCAUGCGCGCAUCACCUACCGUCAGUUUGGACUCAUCAUCACUCUCCGAAAUUUUACUACCAAACAGUCGUACAGAGAACUCAUUUCGCAUACUCGAAGAGGCCAUACUUUCAUCGGGCGAAAGUAUAGCCGCGAGCAGUGUAGCAACAACUGGCACGAGUGCCACAGAUAACGUUAAUGGUAAUACAAACACUAAUGGCAGUCAUAGCAAUGGCAGUAGCAUCGCUAGCAAUAGUAAUCGCAGCUCCACUUCAUCAACAUCGACGAAAAAGAAAAAUCGCAGCUUCAAUAAAAUAUUUCGCAAAGUAUUUUAGACCGUUUUGAGGUGUAUAGUAUUUGCGUAAUUUGUAUUUUCUUAAUUAAUAUAAAUUGUUUGACUAAAGACAGUGCGCUUAAGAGAACGAAAGAGAAACCGUUAGAAAUAGUUAAGUUUUGAAAUUCAACCGCCUAUUUGAGUUCAUUUAAGCAGUGUGUGUUUAAGUGAUUUCUGACAAAAGUACUCACGUACAGUGCGUCAAGUGUUAUCAAAUAUUUCAGUCGCAUGAUAUAGCAUAAUACGAUUAAAACCAGGAAGCCCAGCAAAAAUCAUAUUAUAUAAUUUCUACAUAAAAUGCAAAGCUUAAAGUCUGAAAUUUUACACAAAUUUACAAAUAUGAAAAAACGAUCACAUCGUGCAUAUUCGUGUAAUUGCAUACGAAGUUAUUGGUCCAAUUACAAAAUUGUUGUUAGUUUUAGAGAACUCUGCUUGUAGUUUUCAAAAAACAAUAUAUUUAGCAUGUUGGGGCGCCGUUUGUAACUUUUUUAGGUUAGAAAAUAUCAGAAAAUCUCUACUUUUUUUUUCAAAUUGAAAUCAAACACUUUUAAAGUUUCAUUUCA